GGAAGCAUUUCAUGACAGUCAAGCUGUACAUGCCCAUUCCAUUCCCUUGGACAAAGGAAGCACAAGCUGCAUACAUGGUUCUUUUCCUUUCCCUGUUCUGAGCUUCUGCACCAGUUGUUAGCCAAAAAUAAACCCCAUUCCACAACCAUAUAUGUGCAACAGCCUCCUGGUGAGUGCAAGCCCCCUCCAGCACUGCUGUUACUCCACGAGGCCAAGAGACUCUCAGUGCUGCUGGGCAAUGCACAUAACCCAGCUCAACCGGGAAUGCCUUCUGCAUCUCUUCUCUUUUCUGGACAAAGACAGUAGGAAAAAUCUAGCAAAAACAUGUCACAGGUUGCUAGAAGUAUUUCAGGAUCCUUUACUGUGGUCGUUGUUGAAGUUUCAUUCGCCAGUGGAACUAAAGAAGGAUAAUUUUCUCCUGGGACCUGCUUUAAAACACUUAUCCAUCUGCUGGUAUUCAGAGAGAGUCAAGGUGUGUAACAUUGAGGACUGGAUGAAAAACAGUUUCCAGAAAGACUUCUGUAAGAGGCAUGAGAACACUGUCAGUGAUUUUUUACUAGACGUUUGCAACAGAUGUCCAAAUCUGCUGUCUGUGACCCUCUCUGGAUGUGGCCAUGUUACAGACGACUGCAUUUCGCAGCUUCUCAAGAACUGCCCAAACCUGAGGAGCCUCAAACUGGAGAACUGUGUGCGGAUCAGUGACCACACGCUGGAGGCAGUGACGCUCCACGGGGCGGCGCUGCGAACGCUCCACGUGGAUUUCUGCCGCAAUGUCACCCAGGCCGGGCUGGAGACAGUCAGGGCAAAGUGUCCCUCAGUAACGCUGAGGGCAGACAGAAGUGCUAACAUGAUCCCGGACAGUAAGCCAGAAAAAAAGAUGAUGCUUGAAAAAGCAUCAAGAAAAUUGGUUCAGCCUUAAAUGCAGCAAAAUAAUGAGUGUGGGUAUUUUACAUCACUGAGGUAGCAAUGAACUGUGGCUGCUUCCGUGGGUUCUGGUCAAAUGCAAACAAACGGUUGUUUUGUAAAGGGUGUACUGGGAAAAGGCACACAUCUCCUCCUGGACAAGCUUCAGGAAAAAAACAUUUGCUCUCUGUUGUUCCUUGAAACUGGAAAACCCUGCAUUGCUGUCACAAAAUGCCAGACUUGCUGAAAACUGCAAUUCUGGUACCUCCUGCUGCAGAUGCACCUCACUCAGAAGAGGGAAGCAGUGCUGUGUUUACUGAGGUCAAAUAUUUGAUGAAGUUCAAUAAAUUCUAUGGACUUUUAAGAAAGUAUACCAGCAGUGUGACACGGUGCAGUAAGUCUGAUGGGAAGGUUCACUGACUGCAUGGAAGAAACACAGACAGAGUGAACUGAGGCAGAAUGAGUCACACAGGGACCUGAAAACACGAACAUUAAGGAAGAGCCUCCCACUGGGUCACAAGGUUCAGACUGGACCCUCACUUUCAAAACUCCUGCUGUAAUGGGCAUAAAGCCACAGCAGAGAGAGUCACUGUA